AUGUACACAGUGACACCAGGCACCCACCACAUCUUCACCAGCACAGAGACUUCUGAGGGUCCUCACACCAUAUUUCUCUGUAACAGCUUUCUAGACAUCCUGGUCAAAAUCCAUAACGGGCACAAUGACGUGUUCCCCACCAUGGCUCAGUGUGUCAUAGAGUACAAGCAGAAGUUUGGCUUUGACCUUUUCAUCAGCAUUCUGGAUCGCUUCUACACCAACAGGGUAUCCUUCCGCAUGCUCAUCAACCAGCACUCACUCAUUUUUGGUGAUGGCAGAACCACCUCCCAUCCCAAGCACAUUGGAAGUAUUGAUCCUACCUGCAACGUCCCUGAGGUGGUGAAAGAUGCCUGUGAGACAGCUAAGAUGCUCUGUGAGCAGUACUACAGGGUUGCCCCUGAGCUGAAGAGACAGAAGAGUAUUUAUUCCAAGGACCCUUCCAAGGCUAUCCAGGUGGUUUAUGUGCUAUCUCACCUGUUCCAUAUGCUGGUUGAGCUCUUCAAGGCUCUGUCCAGCGAGUCCUUUGAGCAUCUCCCGGUCUUCAACAAGUCAGCGUGGAGACACUACCAGACCGGCCCUGAGCCAGACGACUGGAGCAACCUGUCCUACAGUGACAAAAUACUGUGUAAAACUAAAAGAUUGGUUUGUCAUGUUAUGGCAGUAUGCAAUGGAUUUCAGUAGAUAAAGGGAUGAUCCAGUUAGUAUGUAUGUGUGUGUGACUAAGUGUUACUCAGGAUGCUAGUAGGUCAGUAUUUGAAAGCUUGAUAUUGCAACAUGCUACUGUAAGUUUAUAAGAGAUUCUAAUCACUUUGGAUGCUUAAGAAAUGCAUAGGGCAGUAUCAGAAUACUUUGAGACAUAUCCUACUUUAGAUUGCUUUAAAAACAUUUGUCCCAAAGGCCUCAAAUUAAAUAAAAUAAUUAAA